AUGGUGGUCGACACAGCAUACUACGACAUCCUCGGGGUCAAAACCACCGCAACUGAACUUGAGAUCAAGAAGGCAUACCGGAAACUCGCUAUCGUCCACCACCCUGACAAAAACCCAAACGAUCCCACGGCCCACGCCAAAUUCCAGGAGAUCGGUGAAGCCUACCAAGUACUCUCGAACGAUGACUUACGCAAAGCCUACGACAAGUUCGGUAAGGAGUCGGCGCGCCCGUCCGAAGGCUUUGUCGACCCGGCCGAGUUCUUUACCAGCAUCUUUGGCGGUGAGGCUUUUAUGGACUGGAUCGGUGAGAUUAGUCUAAUGAAGGACUUGACUGCUACAAUGGACAUCACGAUGGCGGCCGAGGAGGAGGAGGGGGAGGAGGGGCAAGAGGGUGUUGCAGAUGCCACAGCGCCGUCUAAGGACGAUGGCGAGUUCCCCGGCACCGAAGAGGCGAUAAAGGAAAGCCUGAACACCGCGAAGGCCGCUGGCUCUGCCGAACCCCCAAGCGAAAAGAAGGAGGUGCCCACGGUGGUGGUCGAGGAUGAAAAACCGACUGGGCAGGCAGACGCUCCGCAGGGCCACACAACAUUUUCUCCGCCGUCACCGGGUUCCGGCUCGACAACACCCAUGAGCGGCCGCCAUCAAAUCCCGCUCCGGCCCGCCUUGAUGGACCGGCCGUCCGACGAUGCAACCGACGAUUCUAUGUCGGCGCACGACGGGAAACGCAAAGACAAGAAGUCUAAGGCGGGUUUGUCCAAGGAGCAAAGGGAACAGCUGGCUGCGUACGAGAAGGAGCGCGCCAAAAUUCGGCAGGAUCGUGUCGACACAUUGUCGCAGAAGCUCUUGGACCGCUUGUCGGUCUGGACGGAGACGGACAAGGGUAAAGACGUGACGAGAGCCUUCCAAGAGAAAACACGGCUUGAGGUGGAGGAGCUUAAAAUGCAAUCAUUUGGUCUCGACAUCUUGCACGCCAUUGGCGCAAUCUACGUCAGCAAAGCAACGACACUCAUCCGCAGUCAAAAGUUCUUUGGCAUGGGCGGCUUCCUUCACCGCAUGAGGGACAAGGGUACGCUGGUCAAGGACACGUGGAAUACCAUCAGCAGUGCCAUCGAUGCUCAGCAGACCAUGGAGGAAAUGGCUCGCCUCGAGCAGCAGGGUGGCGACGAUUGGACGGACGAGAAAAGGUCUGAGUAUGAACGCCGUGUCACGGGCAAGAUUGUGACUGCCGCCUGGCGCGGCAGCAAAUUUGAGAUCCAGAGUGUCCUCCGUGACGUGUGCGACGCGGUACUCAAUGAAAAGAAGGUACCGCUGGGCAAGCGUCUGGAGCGUGCUGAGGCUCUGAUCCUAAUUGGCCAGAUCUGCGCACAGGCCAAGCGCACCGCUGAAGAGGAAGGAGAUUACAUGGCCUUCGAACAACUCGUCGCCGAGGCCGCCAUAAAGAAGGAGAAAGAGUCCAAGAAGAAGGGCAAGGAGAAGAGUGAAGAGUCCGCUGACGGCAAGGAGAAGGAGAAGAACGCUGGGAGCGGCAAAUUUGGUGAUAAGGCAUGGGCCGACGCCGCUUCAGCUGCGGCGGGGGAUGCGCCGAAUGUUCCGAAGGGGUCGUCAUAA